CUCUCUCGACGUAUAUAUAUGCGUGUACGUCUGCCUGUGUGUGUAUGUGUAUAUGUGUGCGUGUAGAACGGUGAUUUGCAACUAAGAAGAUAAUAGUAAUUGCCAUCGAUGUAUGCUGAUCUGACAUAUGUGUCAAAGAGGCAUGUCUUAGUUUCUUCUCUUGAAAAGUGCCGAAGCAUACUGGCAAAGUAUUGUGUAUUAACAAAACUAUCAAGCUGACCAUCUAUAGCAACACCGACGUUAAUAUCAAACACAUCAAAAUCGUCGACAAAGAGCAAAAGUCUCGGAGACUGCAGCCACGUCAACAUCGAAAAUAUUAAAAAUUCUCCUGUGAACAAUUGAUAUCAAAUCCAUUAAAUAUUCUUAAACGACCAUAAAUACUGACAAAAAUAAAAGAAAUAACUUAUCGAAGCAAUUUCAGUUGUGUGAAGAUUACAGCAACAAUACCAACAAUAUCAACUAUGCCGUCUUAUACGAUUCACUACUUCAACCAUCGUGGCCGUGCUGAAGUAUGCCGUAUGCUUUUAGCAGCUGCUGGCGUCAAGUACAAUGACCGCAGGAUCGAAUCUUCAGAAUGGGCUGUCAUGAGAGAACUGAUGCCGUGUAGUAUGAUGCCAGUUCUUGAAUUUGAUGAUGGAACAAAAAUUCCACAAAGCAUGGCUAUGGCUAGAUUUCUUGCAACAGAAUAUGGUUUCCAUGGUAACACAAAUAUGGAGAAACUUCGAGUGGAUUAUAUAUCGGAAUGUUUCUACGAUAUCCUCGAUGACUACCUUAGGAUGUACCACGAUGAGCAUGGCAGAAUGAGGUUUGAACAGUUUGGUGUCAUGUCUAAUGGAACAUCAGAAAAAUAUUUGCGAUUCCAGUCAACUUGCAGACGAAUUCUUCCAUAUAUGGAAAAAACGCUAGAAAUGCGUUCCAGUGGCAAUAAAUUCUUCAUGGGUGAACAGAUGACACUGGCCGAUAUCAUGUGUUACAGCGCUCUAGAAAGCCCAAUGCUGGAAGAUUCAAGUUUUCUACACAGUUACCCAAAACUUCAGAGUUUAAGAAACCGUGUCAAGAAUCAACCAAAUAUCAACAACUAUUUGAAAAUGAGGAAUUGUACAGAAUUCUAAGAAACAAUUUCCAACUCGCCAUAGUAACUUACUCUAAGACGUCAUUAGAGUAAUUGUUGGUGAUAUCCAUACAUUUAAUGUGGUAAUUCAAUAACUACGUGACA